GCUCGGCCAAGGGAUUGACUGGUCGCCUUCCCGUCGCUUCUGGUGCUCCGAAGAAGAGCUAUGGCUACUUUCCGAUUGGCCCUCAUCCAGCUUCAUGUUUCUUCCAUUAAAUCAGAUAACGUUUCCCGGGCUUGUAGCCUAGUACGGGAGGCAGCAAAACAAGGUGCCAAAGUAGUCUCCCUGCCGGAGUGCUUUAAUUCUCCGUAUGGAACAAACUACUUUCCUGAAUACGCAGAGAAGAUUCCUGGCGAGUCCACCCAGAAGCUUGCCGAAGCAGCAAAGGAGAAUGGCAUUUAUCUCAUCGGAGGCUCCAUCCCUGAAGAGGAUGCUGGGAAACUGUAUAACACCUGUGCUGUGUUUGGGCCUGAUGGGAGUUUAUUGGUAAAGCACAGGAAGAUCCAUCUGUUUGACAUCGAUGUUCCUGGGAAAAUUACAUUUCAAGAAUCUAAAACAUUGAGUCCUGGUGAUAGUCUCUCCACAUUUGAUACUCCUUACUGCAGAGUGGGCCUGGGCAUCUGCUACGAUAUGCGCUUUGCAGAGCUGGCACAGAUCUACGCGCAGAGAGGCUGUCAGCUCCUGGUGUACCCUGGAGCAUUCAAUUUGACCACUGGACCAGCCCACUGGGAGUUGCUCCAGCGAGCCCGGGCUGUUGAUAAUCAGGUGUUCGUGGCUACAGCCUCUCCUGCCAGGGAUGACAAAGCCUCAUAUGUGGCCUGGGGACACAGCACUGUUGUGGAUCCUUGGGGACAGGUCCUAACCAAAGCUGGCACCGAGGAAAUGAUCCUGUACUCAGACAUAGACCUGAAGAGGCUGGCUGAAGUUCGGCAGCAAAUCCCCAUUUCAAAACAGAAAAGAGCAGACCUUUAUGCAGUGGAGGCAAAGAAGCCCUGAAGUUUGUGCCUAAAAUGUCUCUAUGCUCAUAUACCCUAUACGAUGAUCAACUUUACUAAAUCUUUUUUUUUCGGACAGUGCUGGGAAUUGAUCCCAGUCUUACACAUGUUAAUUCUUCCACUGAUAUGUAUUAGAACCUCCUCAUUGAAUUAAAAUUUUUCUUUAUCUGCUUGGUAACAAUAUUCCAGCUCCUCUGAUAAAGAACUACUUAGGCUGAUGAUUCUUGGGCAUUUCAGUCUUAAGAUCCUUUUGCACAAUACAAACUGAAGACUAAGCAUUUUUGUAUGUGUAGCUAGUGGUGAGCUGGUCAUGGUAUGAUACUCACCUGAGAAAAUGUACUUUUGUAGGAACACUGAUUUUCAUGGUGCUAAUAUCCCAUCAACAUGACAUUUUCAAAAAUAUUUUUAUUAGAAUUAUUUUCAUACAAUAUUUUGAUAUUUUCCCCUUCCCCACCCAUCCAACUUUGUUCUCUUUUUUCAAAAACAAAAAAUGUCUACAAAAAUGAAAAUCAAAACCAACAAGCAAAAGACCAGUAAGACAAAUAGAAAAAAAAAGUACACAGACACACAAACCAAUGGAGUUUAACAUGCCACUUCUAAACAGUAACAGAUGUGCAGGUGGGCUCUGUGACCUGUAUGUACAACACUGCUCUAACACAAGACUGAUUCAAUGCAUAAUAAUUAUUUACCAUACUGGUAAAUCAAAACUUUUAAUAUCCAUGUUAUAUACAUAUAUAUGUAUAUAGUAUACAUGUAUAUAGUAUGUAUUGUGGUCACUCACAGAAGAGUAACAUCAAGUGACUAAAAGAAUGAAAUAUAUGAUAUGGUAAAAUUUAGUACACAAAUACAACUAUAAAAUACCAAUCAAGAAAACAAGUAUGUGUACUGCCACCGUAAGUUUCCCUGUAAGCUUUUAAAAAUACUUACUAUUCAUGUCUGUGUGUGCGUUAUGU